CGAGCCAGGGCUGAGGCGAGCGGGCGGGCUCGGGGAGCCGAGCAAGAGCCGAGCCCCCCAAAAUCCCCCCGCACCCCGACUAUGCUAAAUGUAACCGGGGAGCUCUCAGGUGACUCUUGGGGGAUCUUCACCUUCCUGUGCGCCGCGCUUUGCAACCUGCCGGCGCUGCCGGCGCUGAACUGCUCCGAGGAGCUGGGCGCCGGCCAGUCCAUCCAGCAGACGUACGACCUGACCCGCUACCUGGAGCACCAGCUCCGCACCCUCGCCGGCACCUACCUGAACUACCUGGGUCCCCCGUUCAAUGAGCCCGACUUCAACCCGCCACGGCUGGUGCGUGCCGAGCCACGCGUGCCCAGCGCCACCGUGGACCUGGACCUGUGGCGGGGCCUGACGGACAACGCGCGUCUGGCCGCCAACUACCGGGCCUACAGCCGCCUGCUCUGCUACCUGCGGCUGCUGGACGGGCAGGUGGGCAUGGCCGAGCUGCGCCACCGCCUCGCCCACUUCUGCGCCAGCCUGCAGGGGCUGGUGCUCAGCAUCGGCGGCGUCAUGUCCUCGCUGGGGUACCCGCUGCCCGCCGGGCCCGCCGCGCCGCCCGCCGGGCCCCCCGGCGCGCACACCGCCCCCAAUGACUUCCUGAAGAAGAUGGAUGAUUUCUGGCUGCUGAAGGAGCUGCAGACCUGGCUCUGGCGCUCGGCCAAGGACUUCAACCGCCUCAAGAAGAAGGUGCCGCCCGCUGUGGUCACCCUACGGCUGGAGGCGAGGGGGUUCUGAGCACCUGCUGGGCUCCAGUGCCACCACGGCCACGCAGGUCCCCUCUCCACCACUGGUGUGCCUUGAGAAAUGGGGCUCCAAACCCCAAACCACCCCACAACCUCAUCAUCACCUGGCAGUGCCUUGAAAGAUGGGGCUCCUGACAUCACGUGUCAUCACAGCCACCCUGCCGCCCCUCCAUUAUCAUCAUCAUCAUCAUAUUGUGCCUUAAGGAACAGGGUUCCUGACCCCAAGUGCCACCAUGCCACCCCGUGUUCCCUGUCCACCACCAGGGUGCUUUGAGAAAUAGGGUUUCUGACCCCCAAGUGCCCCCACAGCCAGCUCACAAUCCCACUUUCACCACGGUGCCUUAAGUGAGGGGCUCCUGACCCCAAGUGCCACCCACCACAGCCACCUCACGUCCCCUCUGUCACCACACUCUGCUGUAUGGGAUGCAUCUCCUGACCCCAAGUGUCACCAAAACCACUCCAUGUCCCCUCUUCACAACCAGUGUCCCUUCAAAACUGUCUCCUGACCCUGGAGUGCUGCCAAAGCCACCCCACAUCCUUAUCAUCACCCAGCUGUGCCUUAAGGGGUGGAGCUCCUCACCCCAAAGUGCCACCACAGUCACCCCGCAGCCCCUCCGUAAGUAGGUUGUGUCUUAAGGGACAGGUGUCCUGACUCUCACGUGCCCCUCCAUGGUCCCCAAGCCCCAGUGUGCCUGUCCCCAUCCCUAAAAUCUCCAGAGUGGGUGAAAACCCCGCCCAUCCCCAAAAGGACCAACGCCCUCUGAGCAUAGGAAUAACCCCCUCCCCAGCCAGCAGCAAGCCACGCCCCCGGAGCAAUAGGCUCCGCCCCAGACGGCAAUAAGCCCCUCCCACUCGCCUGUGUAGCAAGCCCCGCCUCCUCCCCGCCUCAGGCCCCGCCCCCUGACCCAAGCCCCGCCUCCCCAUGGGUGUCCAUCGAUGGGCGGUGGGGCGAGGCCGUGGGGCGCGGCCGCUGUCCCGGUGCGUCUAUGAGUGUUUAUUUAUUGGAGAUGUUUAUUUAUUGGGGUAUUUAUUGCAGAAGAUCUAUUCUUGUAUGAACGAAUAAAAG